AUGCUAUCAGUUGCCAAGUCCAACCCAGCCCUCAUUCUUGCCAUUGCAGCAUGUGGUUCUCAAUAUCGGUUUGAGACUCAAAGGGGUUUAUCUUUGUUUGAAGCUGCCCAGCUACUCCUGCUAGAUGAUCUACGUCAACAGAAGUAUAUCAAUACACCAGCACUGGCACCGGCACAUAUAGAACAUCGAGAACGGGAGUCUGAGUCUCAAAAGAUUACUCCUAGAGAUAGGACCGAGGAGCUGACGGAGCUCAUUCAAGUAUCGCUGUUACUCACUAUCUUUGCAACGUGGGGAAGCAAUUCCGACAUACUUCAAGAAUUAUUGGCUCUGCAAGGGGUGUUUGCGUCGAUGUUACACGAGCACGGCCUCGAGGAGAGGACACCAGCAUUCCAGAUCGAUGCUGAGUCGUCAGAUGACAACAACUGGCAUCGAUGGGUCACGCAGGAACGCGCUCGGCGUACGAAGCUUGUUGCCUCUGCCUUUCACAAUUCUCAUUGCCUCAUGUACAACACUGCACCACUGAUUCUCAGUUCGGAUAUCAAGCUGAAUCUGCCGUGUCCAACCCCACUGUGGAAGGCUUCGAACGCAGCGGAGUGGCGACUGGCUUACGACUCUAACCCGAGUUCUGAAAUACCUUUUCAAACGGCAUUUCGGCUUCUUUUCAGCCCCGCUCACACUCUACCCGCCAGCAUAUCGUUCUCCACCCCUCUUGGAAAUCACGUCCUUAUGCAUGCAAUUCUGCAACAAAUUUACUUCGCCCGUCAGCUCUACGUCUACCCACCCGUGGAACAGCUUCUACGGAAUGAAGACCUCUCGACACUCGAAGAUGUCCUUCACAAUUGGAAACUUCGAUGGCAGCAAACGCCGGAGUCAAGUACGAACCCCCGUAACCCAGCUGGCCCGAUAGCCUUCACGUCUACUUCGUUCCUGGGUCAGGCAUACAUACGAUUGUAUCUCGACAUCGGGCCGUUCCGAGCACUCAAGUCGCUACGACCAGCUCAGAUCGCUGAAACAUUGAUGUCGGCACCACCAAUCCGCCGUACACCUGGGUUGGUGAUGGCACUUCUUCACGCCAUUCAUGGCCUCUCUAUACCGGUCCGUCUUGGUGUUGAGUUUGUUGCGAGAACUCACUCUUUGUAUUGGAGUGUACAACAUUCUUUAAGUGGCCUAGAGUAUGCAUUUCUACUCAGUAGAUGGCUUCUCACUCUUCCCUCAUGUGGAUCAGUGGAUAUCUCUGAGCACGAGAAACAACUAUUUCUGUGGAUCAAGCGCAUAAUUGAAGAGGCAGACCUUGCGAAUGAGUGCCCCAUGGAAGGCCACACAGUAACGGAGCUCACCAAAGAUGCCGCCAAGAUGACACAAGUAGCCUGCACAAUCAUAAGGAUUUGGGCGCGGACAUUCAAAGGUAAUUCGUGUUGGGGAAUCGUGGACGUCGUGGGUUCGAGCUUGGACAUAUACGCCAACUUACUAGAAGGAUCAUAG